UACAGUGGGUGGUGCAACGGACUGACUGCUCUCUGUUUGGAACAGCCACCUUGCCUGCUAGCAAAACAAUCUCAUCGCCGUUAAAGGCACCGAUAACCAUUCGCACCACAACAUGGCCGAGACGGAUCCCAAGUCGGUGCAGGACCUCACCAACGUGGUCCAGACGCUGCUGCAGCAGAUGCAGGACAAGUUCCAGACCAUGUCAGACCAGAUCAUUGGAAGAAUCGACGAAAUGAGCACACGCAUUGAUGAUUUGGAGAAGAACAUUGCUGACCUGAUGACCCAGGCUGGUGUUGAAGAGCUUGAGGCAACACCAGAAAAGCCUAAAGAGGGUCAAGGCUCAUAAUGAAGGUAACGAGGUGUGAAGUCGGUCCUAAAAUCAGGAGCAGCAGACAUUUUUUCGUUCUGAAAAUGACUUCUAUUGAUUUGGCGUGUCGUUCUGUGAAAUGCUUUUUUUAUAUAUUGAAUAUUGUGAUAAAUGGUAAUAGUUGUUUAAUGACUUGGAAAGCUGAACAGUGUUUGUGAGCUAGAGUAGUGUGAUGCGCCUUCCAGAAGAUGCUCGUGUGCUGGAAUGCAACUUCAUGGAUUUACUGUAACACCGGAGGUUUUUUUUGGGGGGGGGGGGGGGGGGGCUGUCAUCAUAAAGCAUAGUUAAUUCAGUCCUGUGUGGUGACAGCUUUUACCCAAGCUUGUGCUGAGAAGUACAACCUGCAGCAGGUUAACAAGCCAGUAAGAACCUCCAUCCUUACCAACAUAAAGGGCACCAUGAAGGUUUAACAGUGCGUUUAACAAAUAGCACCGUUAACUUGUGACCAAUGUGGAUGCAUACCACCUUUGAUUUUCAUCUAUUAAACUGUUUAAUACUA